UCCACAUGGCGAAGCACGUUGAGAAAACUUUAAAACAUUCAGACGUUAAAAGCAGACUUCCUGGAAAAGAUCUACUUAAAAACUUUACUAUCAUAAGUGAAGGAAAUGACUCUGAACGACUUGAAGCAAUCAAAUCGAUAUUGAAUCACCUGUCAAACCGACAGUCAGUGGAAAAACAGGGUUUAAAUUCCGAUGUCAAGUAUGCAGUCAACAGGUUGGUCCAGGGCCUGUCAUCUGGACGAAAGUUUGCUCGUCAGGGCUUUUCAACAGCCCUUUGCCAGACUCUGCGUGUUAUAGAGAAUGUUGACAGCCAACUUGUCCUUACUGUAAUCAAGGAGAAAUCUAAACCAUUGCUUGCUGGGAAACCAUCAAAAGCUGAGGUUAGCAAUGUUUACCUUGGUCAGGUGUGCGGAAUGCUGGCACUCGUCAACUCUGGGCGACUGUACAAAGAUGGUGAUGGGGCGGUGGGCCAAGUGGUGGAACAGCUACUGAAGCUUGGGCGUGAGAAAUCCCAGCUACAGCAACUGUGUGCUAGCGGGCUGGCUCAGAUCAUUUCAAAGGCUUCCCAAAACACAUUCAAACAAAGCAUACUUCCCCAUCUAGAAGAAGAUGUGAAGUCAGGCUGGAAAGACUGUAGCCCUGACCGACUGCUGCUUCUCAUAUACAUUGAUAAGUACCAUAAUGCAAUUGUGAAGAAAAAGUUAAAGGAACAUUGGGGAGAUGGCCAUAUUGUUGUGGAGAAAAACUUCAAACAGCUUGCUGAUAUUGUUUGGCGGAGCAGCUCCUUCCAUCCUUUAGUCCAUGUGGCUGUGGAUGAAUUGUUAUCCAGCGUUGUUGACAGGGGCCAAGAUCUGGUAAAAUUCUGGACAACUGUUGCACGCCCAUUGCUAGCUGUCAAUGCUACGGCCCCAAAAAAGAUCCUAGGCUUGCACAUUUUUGAAAAGUUAUUACCAAACUUGAAGAAUGAAAAACAGAUUUCUGAGGUUCUUCUGCCAGACAUAGUCAGCAUCAUCGCCUAUCUGAAACCUAAGAAAACUGACGAUGUAGCAAAGAAGACAGUAACUAUUGUUUCAGCGCUGGUGAACCAUAUAACCAACUGUGAGAACUCUGAGGUCCAGCUAGCUGUUGUGAAAUGCCUCACAUCUAAACCUGGCUCGUGUUUGCUGGACAAAUUCACUGGCACAAAUAUACUGGCCAAGAUCAUGACAGGGCUACAGCCAAAGGCACAAGAAAUUGUGAUAGAGGAAUUGAUGAAAGCUAUCACCCUCCAAUCUAACUGGAUAAUGCCAAAGGAGAGUUCCCACAUUGCAGAGAGUCUACAGUGGUGUACAAAAGAGUUAACCAUGUUUGUUACCAAUGACAACACAGAGUCACCAUUGCAACUGAAGAUUCUUCAACUGGUGUUUCUACAGAGCUUCUUUGUUGUAAAGAUAAACAACAAGAACAUUCCAUUUUGCAAGGUUCAGUCUGGGGAACUACCCGCAGGUCACCACAAGUUUGUGAUGGACGCCUUCAUGAAGACUGUCUCAAGGCUGGUCUCAAUGAAUAAGAAAGGAGUGUCGAGGAUGGCACAGUUGAACAACCACCUUGAUGUUUUAAAUGGACUGGUUCAGUAUGCUAACCAGCUUCUGUCCUCACCUGAGCAUGUACAACUGAGAACCAGUCAACACACUGAUGAGAUUGUCAGUGAAUGGCAGAGACUUGUUGAGAUUCUUCAGACAAUAGAUGUUAAACGCAAAUCUGAGGAGAAGAUGACGGGCAGUCACGCGUUUGAACUGCUGUUUUUCCACACGGGCCUGCAACUGUUUGUGGAAACUGAAGCUGCCAUAGAAUCACUACAGGAUCUACAUGUCUGUUACAAAAGAGCUUCCAAGAAAAGGAAAUCUAUGGCUAAAGAAGAUGGCCCUGCUUGGAUUGAAGUGGUUACAGAGCUGUUGCUGAGUCUGAUGUUCAAGGGUUCGGUUCUUUCACGGAAUGUGGCCAAUGUCGUCAUGUCCGCCCUCGCCCAGAAUGUGACACCUGAAGCACUGCAACUAAUUGUUGAUGCUCUGCAACAAACCAGCCUUGAUAGUGAGGAUGGAAUGGUCGGUAUGGAGGAAGAUGAUGAUGACGAUGAAAGUAUGGACGUAGAGGGGGAUGAUGACAACGACAACACCAGGGUGGAUGAUGAUGAUGAUGGUGGUGCUGGUAGCGACUCGAGCGACAGCAGUGAUGAUGAUGACGAUGAUGGUGAGAGUGACGAAAGUGAUUCAGGCGUGGAGGAAGAGGAUUUGAGUGUGCCGGAAGAACUGAAGAAGAAGGUUAAAGCAGCACUGGGAAAUGCCGCUGCCAGCAGUGAUGAAGGAGAGGAUGAGGAGGAGGAAGAAGAGGAUGUUGAGCUAUCUGAUACUGAAAUGUUCCAGCUGGACGAAGUUCUUGCAGCUGCGUUCCGCUCCAUGAAGAAAUCUGGGAGGGGGGAUAAGGACCGAAAAAAACAACUCAACACUUUCAAGAGCAGGGUUUUGGAUCUGGUUGAUGUAUUGAUAAAACACCAUCCAACACCCACUGUGCUGAAGACGUUCCUGUUGCCGUUGGUUGAUAGAGUGGAGGGCGGGGUACGGAAGCAACAGGAGGUUUCACUUGGUAACCGAGCUCGCAGUACGCUUGCCCUCAUGUUCAAGGUGAAAAAGCUUGAGCCCGACUUUGAUGUUGACAAGGAUGAGCUGCUUGAUCUGUUUGGACAGCUUCUCAAGUAUGCCUCUAAAGUCUCCCUACCAGCAUUGGUGACUGACAUUGCCAAGGCCUGUGUCCUGAUCAUAAGGAUGGUCUCCGAGAAUUCUGGACCCUCACCACUCAAGACCCGCGCCAAGGCGGCUCAGCAUCCUAAGCCUAUUGGUCAGUAUGUGGACAGUGUUGUUGCCAUGGUGAGAGCGGCCAUGUUGGAUCUGUUUUCACACAAGUCUGGACACUGCCCUCCAGCUGUCUUCCAUGUCCUCCUGCCCAGGUUUACGGUGAUGCUGUGGCCCCUUACUGAAGACCUGGUGUCUGUUGUUGGCUCCCUGGAGAUCAAGGUCUACAUGAAGACCCAGGCUGCAAGCAUCCUAGCCAGCAUGAUCAACAAGCAAGUGGUGCAUGAAGUGAAUGAGGAUGAUUGGUCCAAGUUUCUUAAGAGUUGGAAGAAACAGUUUUCAGAGGUGCUGUCUGGUAUAGACACUGGAGAUGUGAAGAAGAUGUUUGUGCAAGAGAUACUGGCGGUCUGUGCGAAAAUACACAACAUAAGGGCUGAUGACAUGAUCCUUGAAGAGCCUGAGACAGAAAAAUUGGAUGCCCUGAGGUCCCAGCUGAACCAAGAAGGUCGAGGUCAUCUCAACAAGAUCUGCCCCAGGCAACAACAUGGUGGCUGUUCCAAGAAGAAAAAGAAAGAGAAGAAGAGGAAACAGAAAGAUGCCAUACAAGAGAAUGGAUCGCAUUCCCCGGGGAAAAAGUCAAGACAUGAAAAUGGCAUCCCCGAUGAAGACUCUGAUGAACUGGGAGAUGAAGUUGAUGCUAUGAAUGUUGAAGUGAAUAAUGUUCAGAGUUUUGGAAAUUUGGAGGCUAGCACUCCCUCACCGUCUAAAAAGAAGAAGAAGAAAAAGAGGUCGAAAAGUCAAUCUGAAGGUGACAAAUCCAUUGUUAAUGAUAGUCUUUCAAAUGAAGUUGCAAUGGAUGUGGAUGUAAAUGAUGAAGGGGAUGAUGCUUUGACUACUAGUGUUGAGGUUAAAUGCAAGUUAGAUGAUGCUACUGUUGGUGAGAAUGAAUUGAGUAAGUCCGCUAAGAAAAAGAAAAAGCGAAAAUCUAGAGCUGGAGGUGACGAUAGUAUGAAUGAAAUGGGACAAGUGAGUUCUGACUUAGUUAGUUCUAAUGAAAAUGUAACAGAAAAGCAAAACGAAAGUGAUAUAGCAAAGAUGAAAGAUGAUUUAAAUGCUAGUAAUAUUAGUACCCCUGGUAAAAAGAAACACAAAAAGAAUAAGAGAAAAUCUUUGGACCAGGGACAUUUACCAUCAUAAGUUUUCAACUUUUGAGGUGUGGGGAGUAUUCAUAGUUUUAUAAGAGACAUAUACCAUCAUAGAUUUUAAAGUUCAUAGUGUUUUAGAAUAAUAAGAAUUGUUUAAGGGUUAUUUACUGUUAUGGCUGGGUUUUAGCCAUCUGUAUGGCAUAUUUGAUAUCAAAGAUUGUUGUCUACAUAUGUGUUUGUGAAUUGUUUAAAUUAAUGAAUAAAGGUAUGAAACUCAA